GUCUCAAGUGGGCACAUUCUGCUAUCUCAAGUCCACCAACACGGGCUUUGUCAACAGCGGCGGCAACGCCCUCGUCGUGCUGCCAGCGGAUAAUCCACCCCCGCCCGUCAACAACCCUGGGGCCCCGAGUUCCAGUGUGGCGCCUUCUUCGUCAUCGUCGAUAGGGGCUGCAGCCUGCGGCACUGGCAGUGCAUCGCCGACGCUACAUCUCGCCAGUCCAACGCCUCUACUCAGCACUGACGUCUUCAACAACUACGACGAUGAAGUCCGCAACCUGACGCUGCCAUUCCCGAUGCAGCUUUACGGCGAGAGCGCGCGGACUUUGUUUGUGUCGACGAACGGGGUUCUCUCCUUUGGUCCAACGAUAGCCUACGCGCCAAAGCUGCUGCCAAGCACGGAACUACCGCCGUACUCAGUCGCGCCGCUGUGGAGCGACAUGGUGCUGCCGUUCCAGGAGGCCAGCGACGGCAUCUGGUACGAGGUUGACCCGGUCGCGCAGACUGUCAACGUCGAGUGGAUCCUUGGCUCCGCGGGCGACAUUUACAGCCUGCACCAGUUCCAGGUCAGGUACGAGGCGCGGCUGCCGAACAUUGUGCGCUUCUCGUACUUUACCGUCGCUGGCAACGGCGUUGGUGCGAGUAUCGGUGCGCAAGGGAGUGAGUUUGCCCGCUUUCUUUUCGUUGUACUUGUGUUUAUGCUUGUGCUUUUCGGCUUUUGCGGUCGUGUCUGCUGUCUUUGCUGUUGCUGUUUUUCUGGCUUGGGGGUUUCUCUCGAACUGCUCCUUUGUUUUUCUUCCUCUCUUUUUCCUUCUUUUAUUUCUUCCUUGCUGUCUGCUCGAGCAACGCUGACUAUUGAUGUAGAUGGCGUCGCGGCCCAGUUCGCGUACAACCAGCGCCUCCUCUGUCCCGGCACCGUCGUGACCUGCGAUACCAUUGCCAACCGCUGCCGCAAUGGCACGGACACGUCGUAGGCUGCUCGGCGCUGUGUUGGUGUCUUUGUGUUUUGAAUGGUUGUGCCAACAGUAAAGAUUGAGAUUGAGAAUGAGAAGAGGAGUGAGGAGAAGGAAAGGGAAGGGGCAGUGGUUCCAGAAGCGGUGGCAGCAGCAGCAGCGGAGGCAGUUGUAGUAUUAAUCGUUGUACGAGUAGGAAGAGCCAGUGAAAACAGCAGAUUACAAU